CGAAAGAGAGACGAUUGUCAACCAGCUGUGCAGUUGUCGUGGUCGAUUGUGUUUUUUUUUAGGCUUCCAAAAAAGGAAAAAUUUUUCAUUCAAAAUUUCGUUAUUACAUUAAGCUACAAACUUUGAGCAAGUGUCACAACAGAAUUAUUGUACAAAAAUUGUUCGUUAUUUGAAUUGAAAGUACGUCGCGAAAGGGUGAACAAUUGUUAUGCACAUAUUAAAUCUGAGCAAGCUGAAGUGCAUAAUUUUACAUAAACUGCGUCACACUUGGACAUUCAUAGUAUUUGUCGCCAGACUGCUCAAUAGUUAUUAUCAAAAAGCGAUCAAACAACAGGAGCGCCAAACACAGAACAACAAUAACAAUAAUAACAAUAACGUCGCCGUAAUGGAACAGGAAAUGCCAGAGGAAGCGCCAGAGGAGCAGCCCCAACAACAACAACAGAUAGCUGUAGAGGAACCCAUGGACGCUAGCGAUAUGGAAAAUGAGGAUGCGGACGAUGAAAUCGAUAUUGAUAAUGAAGACAAUGUGGAUUCCGAUGAUGUAAGCGAGGACGAGUCCGAUCCAGAGCUAGAGGAAAUGUAUUCGGAUGGUGAUUGGACCACAUCAAACGAUGAGAGUGACAUGUCGACUACCAUUUCAACAGUAGGCUUGGGUGUCAAUGAACCAACUGAGCCACAAACAGAACGCCCGCUCUACACGUUUCAGCCAGCACGCCUGGUCAAGUGUCAGUUCAAGGAGAAGCACUGGGUUGGUUUCUUUCCACUGGCGCGUAGUGGCCAUCGCAUAAUAGCAUCCAAAUCACAUUUGUACUCGCUGGGCGGCUACAAUCCACGCAGCGCACUGACAGCAGCACGUCGAGGCAGGUGCCUGCUGUUCCAGGAGCUCUGGAGCUACAACUUUGCCACCAAUCGCUGGAAGCUGGAACUCAAUGCGGAUAAUGCCAGCAAUAUGCCCACAGAGCUAGCAUCCAAUGCUUUGGCCAUACACAAUGAUGUGCUUAUUUCACAUGGCGGCACUGGUUAUCCGUUUGGUGAAUCGUGCUCAAACGAUUGUUAUGUGUAUCGCACUGGCGAUGCUGGCGCUGGCGUUGAACGCUUAAAGGUCAGCGGAGAUUUGCCCACAGCACAGUAUGGACCGGGCAUAGUUAUUCACAAGCAUUAUCUGUAUACAAUUGGAGGUACGACUGGCUUCGAUUAUUCCUGCGAUGUGUAUCGCUUGGAUUUGCGCACCAAAGUGUGGGAGAAUGUGUACAUAUGUCGGCCAGAGAUGCGUGAUGAUCCGGAGGGACGCUAUCGUCAUGAGGUUGUCUACGAUGGCAAGCAUAUAUUUGUGCUGGGCGGUGGCACAUCCAACUCGGUGUAUGAUCUGCAACGCAUACCAGCCUAUAAUCUGGAGGCAAACAGUUGGGAUUACUUUGACACGCUGCCCGACCGCCACAGCAUUACCUGGACGCAGCAUGAUAAGGGCUAUCCAAAGCCACGCAAGUGCUUCUCAUGCGUACAGCAUCAAUCCUCGAAUGGUGACAUUGAAGCAUUCAUCACAGGUGGACUGCAGGGCGACUUCUCCACCUAUUUUUCGGACAUUUGGAAGCUGAACUUGCGCACUAAGCAAUGGGCACUCAUACAGACAGCCAGCCUGCCACGUCCGUUGUACUUUCACUCAGCAGCACAUUCGGACAAUGGCUGCAUGUACAUCUUUGGCGGCAUCGAGUACAACGACAAGGAGAUGCGACGUCGCAACGAUCUCUACAAAAUGUGGAUGACCAUACCAAAGCUUAGUGAAAUGUGCUGGGAUGCCAUUACCUAUUAUAAUGAUAAUAUGGAUCUGUAUGAUCGCAAGACAUUGCUUAGCGCUGGCAUACCCAAGAGCUUUACGGAUCGUCUGCCGCCACAGCGUGUGGUCAGUGAUCCGUGCUCAUCGCAAGUGACAUCGCUGUACUCCAUUACGAAACGUGCUCGUUCCCAAAUGCAAUAAUAGGUUAGGCUACCUACCGAGCAAUAUAACAUCCCAAUCCUCUCCCUCCCUCCCUCGAUUCCCUGCCCAGAAAAUAAAAAGUUGUGAACUAAGUACGUGUGUGUGGAGUGAAUGGCUGCCACUGUGUUGAAGUUAUGUUCUUUUUUGUUUUGUUUUCAAAAGUUAUAUGAUAAAAAAGCGACUCGAAAAUACAAUAUUUAGAUUUUUUGAGCGCGCGCUGUGAUCGAUUACGAAGGACAUUUAUAUUUAUAUAUACAUAUGUGUAUUUUAAUAUUUUCGUAGACUCGAAUUAAAAGGCGUACAUGUUAAGCAUGUAAAUAUAAUAUACAUACAUAUAUGUAAUUAAGUUUAGCUAGAGAGUGAGAGAUAGAUGAUCAACAGUAAGACAGUACAACAGCAGGCAGGAGUUUCCGAUUUACAACAAAAAAAAAA